AUGUCCCAACCAACAUUGCCAAUGGAAACCGAUGACGACGAGGCAACAACAAGCCGCCCCGCCACACAACAGCAAGGCCGACCAAGGUCGACAUCCCCGCAGCUCCAAUUUGGAACCGCGGUGAUGCCACAAGCCCUACUGCAACCACCACCGCCACCGAUCGCGAUACGAUCGAUGGCGGCCCCAGCGAUCGCAACCACAUCGACACCCACAGCACCAAUGGGUGCUGGGAAUGCAGCAGUGAUGCUGCCACCACUGCCGAUCCCGACAGUGGUGGAACGGUGGGUUUCCUUUGGGACCCACCAGUUCACGCUAUACCACACGGAGGUGUGCACCGUGUGCUACAGCUACCUCCAACACAUCGCGAUGGCACGCAACACGGCCCCCUACCAGGAAGCCCACACAGAUGUGCUCAAUGCCGAGCAGCACCUGUUCUGGGAGCACUUCCAGACCUACACGGCCUCGGAAGGGGGAGGAUGUGGUGAUGUUCCCACGCAGCAACGCAACAUGGAGCUGCAAGCACAACUCCAUCACGUCGAGUUCCCAACCUCGAUCGCCCCUGGACUAUCACGGGCGACCGAGCGGGGCUCCACGGAGACAACCAUCUCCACUGGAAUACCUACCUCCCCCGAGGGAGCGAAGGUAUUCCCCGCCAUCAAUGAACAGCAGCUUGUGCCAGUACUCACCGCCGUCGAACGGGAGCACAGCGAUACGCACCCUACGCCGCGGCAAGUAGGCCGAGCUCGGCCACACAGACACAUGCCUCCAGGGCCACCACCAAGGAGUGGUGCCCCUGGAUCGCUGACCAGUCCUACCUUGGGACCGCUGGCUGGCUACGUUCCGCGACCUCCAGUUGGUCCUGCCCCUGCCUCAGUAAAGUCGUGCGCGCAGCGAGCCUAUGAGCACCUCGACAAUGAUGAGUCGGAGUCGGAGCCGUCCACAACAGAUGGCGACAAUGAGCCCGAUGACGCCGAGGUCCAGCGGCUCAACAAGCAGCGCCAGAGGAACCACGGCCCGAUGAACUUGCCCAGGCAAGGAGCAUCGAGGAGCGACGACAAGGGGAAGACAGUGCCGCGGCCGUCAGACACCGAUAACGAUGUCUCGCUGGCCCCGCACAACUGGCCUGAUACGUUCCCCCUACCGGUCAACAUGCAGCCGUGGAAGGCGACCGAGUGGUACAACUUUGUACCCCGGUACGUCCACAACUCGCAGUGCAUCAUCGAUGCGGCCCACGGUGGUGAUGAUGGCAUGCGCACCCGGGUGACCGACCUCAUCUGGCAGAUGCAGCAAGAUGGACGCUUGACCGUGUCCCAUGGCAUGAUGAACCUGCUCAUGUCAUGCCGGAUGACCAACCCCACCAGCUCAUCGACAUUCGACAAGUGGGUGGCGUGGUACGCACAGAACCCGAGCCAGGUUCACUGGGCUGUCAGGCACUUGAACAAUAACUGCUCGGAGGCCCCACUACACCAGGACCUGGAGGCGAUGUGGCUUGCACGCCGCAUGGCCCCCAUCAUCCCACUCGGCGUACCUGCAAUGGCCCGCAAUGUGUUCAUUGAGCACACUGCGGAGCUGUUCUCAAUCCCCGGACUGUACGCGUGGAUCGUACAGGUUGGGCAUUACCCCAUGGCAAACAACAAUGAGCCGGCUCCGUUCCCUCACUCAUCCACCCAAAAUUCGUCCAUAUACGAUGUCGCACGAUGGUACGCUGCCUGCAAAUUCCAUCCCAUGCGGAUUGGAUUCCUCGAGGAGUUCCACCAUCGACACCGCAACUACAUCCUCGGAUGGGUCCUCGAAGAUGUGACCCCAUUCGAGGGACACUUCCUGGCGGACCUUCGUGACGGACGCCCUCAGCCGGUACCCCCGACCCACGAGUUGUUAUCACUCAUCGAUGAGGACAUGGCAAUGCAGCUGCCAGACCCCGAACCACCCACACUCGGCACUAGCAACGCCCCUGCUAGCAGCAGUCAGCUAGGUCCCAACCCCAGAGCAACCCCCGAGGCUAGUGACCCUAACCACGACAUGGGCGGCCACUAG